CCGGUUGUUUCGCAAAAAGGUUUGUUUUCCCUUUUCCCGGACCACAAAAUUCAGUGCUAAUUUUGUCAGAACAAUGUGGAAAGUGUUCCAGGAGGUGCGACUGAUCGCUUGUGGUUUAACAAGGGCCAAUGGUGCUGCCAGUUUGCAGUGCAAUGGCGCUACCCGUUUGUUUAGCUCAGCGCCAGAUGCAAACAGUGACGGUGAAUCGUUCCUGGCCUACAAAAAGGAUCCCGCAAGCGCAUUCCUGCGUGAUGAUGUGCAGAAGCUUCUGAAGUCCAUUACACGGCUCGAGUUGGAUAAGGUGUUCCGAAAGCGCGCCGUGAAAGACAACACGGUUCAGUACCGGUUCAUGACCGACGCUCAGCUUCGCCAAGAACUCGUAAAGUCCAUCCAGCAGGCGGAACAAAUGCUGCAGAUGCCACCGGUCGUGCAGGCUCAGGACGACAGUUGCCGCGUGAUUUCGAAAGACGGUGCCCUUAAAUCGCUGGCUUCCUCGAAGUUUGUGUUCACCGACAUUACAUACGGGCUGAAGAACAGUCAGCGGACAAUCGUCGUACGGCACCCGGACGGUACACUACAGGAAGCACCGUACGAAAUGAGAAAACGGCUCAAUCAGAUAUACUUCCCGCUGGCCGGCCGCUCCAUCCAUACUCCGCCCAUGUUCGAAGAUCCGCACCUGCAGCGGUUGCUCGAGGACGGAAAGUACGAGUUUGUUCUGGACCGCGCGUGCAUACAGUACGAACCGUUCGAGCCCCAGUACCACCAGCUGACGGCGCGAGUCUAUCAGCACGCGAACGACAGCAAAUCCUUCGACGCGCUCCGAUCGACGCGGCACUUUGGGCCGUUUGUGUUUUUCCUGUCGUGGCACAAACUGAUCGACGAUUUGCUGCUCGACAUGAUCAAGCGGGAUUACUUGCGGAAUGGUGUCGAGCUCAUUGCCCUAUACUCGACGCUUCAUGCAGUUGAUGGGGCCGUAAAACACCCCGUUCCCGAUGCCUCCGAAAUGCCCUCCUUGUUCGAUGCGGAGGAAAAAUCGGUCGAGGAACUGGAGCUAGAUGUGCAAUUAAUCGGGACCAUCGAGCGCUACGUGACGGAUCAAAGCACAAAGAAGGUGCAGCUUAACCUUGCCAUCCAAGCCUACCGGGAAAUUGUGACCGAUAAGCUUGAGCUCGCCCGUGGCAUCAAGCGGAUGCAUGGUGAAAGUUGAAACGGUCGGCCAGUGGGGGCCACAGUACAGUAGCGAUGAAAGAGAGCAAUAAAGAAUGCCAAAAAUGUGCA